AUGCACUCACCAUAUCAGCUGUGCCAACAGCACCUGUCAAAGGACAAACUGGAGAAUGUGCGGGCUCAGAUUCAACAUAAAUAUCCAUCCACCAAGGUCCACGCAUACCCUGUUGAUAUCCAAAAUCAUGCCGAGGUUGAUACAGCGGUAGCAAAGACCAUCGCGGAGCUAGGCAAGAUUGAGGUUUUGAUCAACAAUGCCGGCCUUGCACUUGGUGCACCCUCCAGAUUCUGGGAGCUUCCGGUGGAUCUGAUUGCCCAAAUGAAUGGCACCAAUAUCGCCGGUGUCAUGUAUACAACCCACUCGGUACUUAACAGGAGCAUGUGGCCUGCAAAACGGGGAACGAUUAUCAACGUUUCAUCCGUGACUGGUCUGGAAUGUCCACCAUUUGACGGAGAAGCCGUCUACCACGCAAACAAAGCUUGCAUUGAGGGCUUUUCCAAUAGUCUGCGCUCGGAGACAGCUGGCUCGGAUAUUCGAGUAUUGACCCUGCGGCCAGGUUGUGCUGCUACUAACUUCCAUCUUCAGAGGGUUAAGUAUGACAAGGAUGCCAUGGAUGAGUUUUUCUAUGGUUAUGAACCGCUUGUGUUUGAGGAUCUUGCCGAUGCAAUUUGGUAUAUGCUGAGUCGCUCUGGGAGGGUUUCUAUCAAGGCUCUCGAUUGUGUUCCCACUGCUCAGAGAUCACUUACUCGGUUUGAUCGGGAAUGGAAUGCCAGGCGGGAUGAGAGGCUUCAUAAUUAG